UGUUUGGUUCUCGGCGGAACCAUCGACAGCACUUAAAAGAACACUUGGGAAAAACAAUAAAAAUAUUUCGCAAAAAGUCAUGGCGUGCCCUGAAAAAGUCGCAGUCUGAAGUAAAAUCCUUUGGACCGGCUGCCGUGGAGCCAAGAAACUCACCCAUGAUGUCGACCGACUUCGGGGGCAGUCAAUUUGUGUCCAGCAACCCAAAUGCCAACUGCAGUGCAUCCCGCUGGUUAACGGAGGAGGUGUUCAAGCUGAUAGACAUUGUGCAGCGGGACGAGGCGAUUUACAAUCCGCGGCACAAGUAUUACUUCUGCCGGCCCUACGUGGAGAACUUCUGGCGCGAGGUGGAUCUAAAGCUGGAGAAGAAUCCGGGUGCUAGCUUGGCCAAGUGGACAAAUCUGCGCAUCUCGUUCAGGCGCGAGUACACUAACUACCUGGAGGAGAAAGUUCCCCCUUGUUGGUCCUACUUUGAUCGCAUGUUCUUCCUGCAUCCAUAUCUGCGCAAGAAACACCAGCAGCCCAAGUCACUGGACACCCAGGUGCAGGACGCUUUGGCCCACCUCUCCAGUCUUUCCAGUCGAAUGCAGCGGGAGCGAUCGGUGGCCAUACCGGCCAGCAGCAGCGGUGGCGGUGGCCAGCCCACGGCGUCCGCCCACCAAUCGCCUCCAGCCCAACAACUGGACACCUAUCUAGACUACUUCGACGAGGGCGAACACAACAAUUCCGAACUAGAAGACAUCAUGGAGGAGGAGCAGCAGCGCAGCAGUCGCUAUCACAGUCAGUUGGACGGCAAUGAUAUCAAGUCGGAGUGCGAGGAGCCCGCUGACGACUACGAACAGGAGGCGCAUGAGCCGGACGACGAUGAGCACGAUGACCAGGACCUGCAUAAGAUGGCACCCACUUCCAGUUCUUCGUCGGCGGAUGCCCAGCGGCGCUACGCCAACCAGCAGCCGCUCGUUAGCCGGAUGCACUUGGGUCGCUUGCAGAUGCGCGCCUACCACGACGAGAUUCGCGGGGCGAUCCGUCCGCGCUCCCAGGAGUUGCAGGCUCCAACUGCAUCUGGGGCGGCAGUGAACUUCGCCUCCCAACCGACCGCACACCCAAACAUUUCCUUUGUGCGACCCACGUUCAGUAAACCUGUAGAUCUGGUCAGCACCACAACGCACAGUGGAGUGGGAGGAGGAAUACCAGGGUCUGCUGGGCCAUCCGAAGCGGAGCUGCCCACACCUUCCACAGCCGCAGUGGCCACCCCCCUUGUGCCCAGCAGCAGUGUUAAUACCAGCAGUAGUAGCAGUGCCUACAUGAAUCAACGGCACGGGCACAAUCACUUGCACGGUGGCCACCAACCGGGGCCUCCAUCGGCGCUUCCUCUUCGUCUAGAAGCCAGUAACCCGUCAAACGGAUCCUUGUCCAACGGCGGAGUGGAACUGUGCGACUGCAAGACCGAUCCGGACGCCAUGUUUCUGAUGAGCCUGCUGCCGGACAUCCAAAAGCUGAACGGACGCGACCGCGGCAAGAUCAAGAUAGCCUUCCAGAACAUACUGCAGGACUACCUUUAUCCAGACUAGUUUCGAUCUCUGUGUAUACUUUCCGCUUUUAGCAAACGGAACCCAGUUCCGAUUUAAACCUAUUGUUUACCUUUUCUGUUAAAUUUCGUUGGUUAAAUUUAAAGCUUUGCUGUGCAAGAACAAAGUAUCCUUAAAACGUUUUGAAAACUAUCAGCUAUGUUUAUUAAUUGUAUAAAUAUUUAUAAAUAUUAAAUGUGUAACACAAGAAUAAAUUCAUUCGAAAUUAA